GAUGCAGCGCAAGAAAUCGUCGGCGAGCAACAACGCGACGGUCGAGGAGGACGCGCCCACCAGUGCGCCGCCUGUCCUGCGCAUCAAAGUCAUCUCGAUGGGCGAUGGCGGGGUCGGCAAAAGCUGCGUCAUCAAGCGCUACUGCGAAGAAAAGUUCGUCGCCAAGUACAUUUCGACGAUCGGCAUCGACUAUGGCGUCAAGCCCGUGCGCAUUGGCGGGGCUGAGGUCCGCGUCAACUUUUGGGACCUCUCAGGCCAGCCCGAGUUUCUCGAAGUGCGCAACGAGUUUUACAAGGACACGCAGGGCGGGAUCCUCCUCUUUGAUGUGUCGUCGCGGCGGUCUUUUGAGGGUCUCGACGCGUGGCUCAAGGAGGCGGCCAAGUUUGGCGGCGGCAAGUUCCCGUGCGUGGUCUGUGGCAACAAGAUCGACAAGAUUCGCGUCGUCUCGGAAGACGAGGGAAUGGCGUGGGCACGGGCCCGCGGGUACGAAUACUACGAGACGUCGGCGCAAACAGGCGCUAACAUUGCCGACGCCUUUCACUCGCUCUUCAUGCAGGUCGUCACCAAGACCCGGUGAUUUGCCAAGGAGGUUCUAUCGUGCUAGCCACCGGCGGUAUAUAAGCACUAGUUGAUGCGUCAUUUUCAUAGACUUUCUUGUAUACGAG